AUGGCAUCUCAAAAAGAGACAUUUGUGGCAAAGUGGACUGAGCCUUUAACCAAUUUGCUUGUAAGCUUAAUGGUUGAAAAGGUAAAAAGAGGAAAUCGCACCACUACUACCUACAACAAAGUAGGAUGGAAUAACAUAGUUACCGAGUUCAAUAAACAAACAACACUCCAGUUUACUGUAGUUCAGUUGAAGAACAGGACAAACAAAUUGAGGAGACAGUAUGGGAGUUAUAAGAAGCUUCUUUCACAAUCUGGAUUUGGAUGGGAUCAUGUUAACAAAACGGUUAUUGUGGAGGAUCCAAGUGUAUGGGAUGAUCACAUCAAGGAUAACAUCGAAUGGGCUAAAUUCCGAAAGGAUGGGUUUCCUCAAUAUCCCGAUCUGUGUAUCGUGUUUGGCGAUACAUAUGCUACUGGGGAUUACGCAGUAGGAAAUGCAGAAUACUUGGUGGUGUCGGAGGGGGAAGACGAUGGUAGUGGUGGUGACAAUGGUGGUGGUGCUUUGGUAGGUGAUCCAAACGAACUUAGUGAUGGAGUCUUCACACCUGACGUGAGUGCCACGCAAGUUCGUGAGAAUCACAAGUUGGAUAGGACUCCAAAUUCCAAGAGGAGGAGAAAGAGUAGCACAUAUGAUAUUGCUGGCACCUGCAAAGCCAUUCAAGAUAUGAUCAAGUCCAAGGCGAGUCAAUCAACAAGUGGCUCCAUCACCUCACAUGUCCCCCCACCCGAGAACCCCUACUCCAUGGGAGCCGUGGUUGCCAUCUUAAAUGACAUGCUUGACUUAGAGCAAAGUCUUUACAACAAAGCUAUGAACCAAGCAUGCCUUAGUGCCAACUGGAGAGAGGGUUUCGUCCUAUCUUUACCUGAAAGGAGACGCGGUCUUCUUGAAUCUCUUUGAAUAGAUGUUGAGAACUACGAUGACUUUUUCAUGUUUGCUUUAUUUUCACUUAAUGACUUGUGUCCUUGAGAUACUUUGGUUUGUUUUUAUUUAUGGAACUAUGAUGUCUUUGGUUUGUUUUUAAUUAUGCAACUAUGAUGACGUGGCUAUUGUUAAUUAUGGAACUAUGAUGACGUUGUGACUACUGUUGAUUCCUGACUUAUUUGUUGUGUUUGUGUUCUUCGUGCGAGGGCAUAGGUAAUAUGGA